UGUCUCUUCCCGCACGACUUAGUAUUUACAAACGAUCGAAGUUACCAAGUCCCUUUGUAAGUCCCUCCCACCCAAAAAUGAUUGUGAUAAUAUUGAACUGAUACUGGCCGGUAGAUUUACAAUGUAAAUAAUUGUGAUAUUAGGAUAAUAAAAUCAUGGAUUCUCUGGCCAACUAUUACAGCGACGAGGAGGAAGAACCGACCGCCCGUCCUUCGAAGGAAGAGGACCAUACCAUGGAAGACAAUUAUGAAAAUGUAGGAAUGGACAUGAGUGAGGAAGAAAAAAGUCCAACGAUUUCCAGUUCAUGUGCGAGUCCAUGCUUCUCAAGGUCAAGAUGUGGAGAUGAAUAUAUUGAAAAUGGAACCAAACCAAAGAAGUCAUGUAUUACUUCACCAACUAGUCAUAAUAAAAAUACCAAAGUUGGACCACACAGCAGGUACACAUCGAGGGCUGAUAGAUGGCCUUAUCAAAAGAAAGAACAAAGGUCUUCUGUGCCGAGGAGAUCAAGAAGUAGAAGUUGGAGGAGUAAAAGUCCAAGAAGCAGGAGUUCCAAGAGCCGAAGUCCAAGGAGCAGGAGUCCAAAGAGCCGAAGUCCGAGAAGCAGGAGUACAAAGAGUAGAAGUCCAAGGAGCAGGAAUUCAAAAAGUAGAAGCCCAAAGAGUAGGAACUCAAAAAGUCGGAGUCCAAGGAGCAGGAGCCCUGAGAGUAGAAGUUCAAGGAGCAGAAGUCGCAGUAGAAGCCAUAGCCCUUGGCACAAUACUCAUCGCCAUUAUCGCAAAAGAAGUGACCACGCUGAAAGAUAUAGAGAUGGUGAUCGAGACGGAGACAGAGAGAAAGAUAAAGAAAGAAGCCCACCCCGAAGGAUAUAUGAUAGAGUGGCAGCUAACAAAAUGUGCAUUUUGGAAAAGCUGGGUAUCGAGUUAAAAGUGCCUGAACCAGAAAAGGAAGAUUUACAAGGGAACAGUUUUCGUGAACGAUUAGGCCAGGAUGCAUCACGAUUUCAAGAGCAAAUAGCUAAGCGAAAAUUACUUUGGAGUCGAAACCAAACAAAGGGUAACGCCCCGUGUAAAUCACAUAAUAAGGAUACAAAUAAUCAAAAUCAGUGGAAAGACGCACGAUUUUUACAUGACCAGGAUGGCAAACUAACGGCAAAGUUCCAUAGAUUAAUGGGAAUGAAAUCUGCAGGAGAGGGUUCAUCUACUAGUUCUGACAACACGAGAAAAGACACAUUUGCCAUAAAAAAACAAGAAGAACUAUUCUCCACUAUGGAGAUGCAAUACGAGGCCGCACGGAAUGCAACGCAUAAACAAAGAGGAGUUGGACUGGGAUUUUCCUCCCAUCAUUUCCCCCGCUAACACGUUUUACAUUGGUUGUAAGAUAUUUACAAGUUUAAAUCUAUUAUUUUAUAUCCAUCUGGAAGAAUAGUUGAAAAACAUAAAUAUCAAAUAUUUACACUCACAAAUGCUAAUUUUAUUGUCAUAUUUAUGUAAUCGCAUAUAUUUUUAAGUGGACUUAAGAAACCACCGAUCCUUUGUAUAUACCAUGAAAGAAAGAUUGAAUGCUGACAGACCAGAUAUAUCAGUUAAUUUUUUUUAGUUUCCAUGUCAACAGCUUGAUUCUUGCCUUUUCUUUAACAUAUCAAUCUGUUUUGACUCUUUCCUCUAUAUUCUCAACCUUCAAAUGUAUUUCAUACUCCUUGUCAAAUAAUAGGAAAGUAAUAAUUUUUGUGUUUUGUAUGGUUGAUUUCACCGUUAAAAAAACCACCACCCAAUUUAUUAACGAGUUUCGUUUUAUCAUUUGAUAUUUAUUAGAUCAUUUGCUGUAUUUUUAUCUCAAGUUAUUCAAUGUUGUGUUUGAUUUUGUUGCUUAGUUCCUUAGAUUAGUCAUUUGAACAAGUUUAGCACUGGAAGUGUUAUUGUGGUUUUAUUUCUUUUAAAACUAGCCAUAUUAGCCGUAUAUAAUACUGAGCCAUAUAUAUAAUAAUUGUUUAAAUAGACAAAUUGAAUGAUAAUUGAUAACUAAAGAAAUAAUAAUUUAAAAAUGUACAAAUUGAUUACUGAUUAAUAAAGAAAUAUAUUACGAGUA